AUGGAACCUGAGUUUGAUUCCUAUGACGGAUUUUUGAAAGGAUGCAAUUUUACAAUUGUACAUGCAAUUAUUGGGUUCGGCUUAGAUUUUGUGCCAUCAACUGUAGUUAACAUUUUGUACACAAUUAUAAGAAUACUGACCAACUACUUUAAUUCUGGGUAGUUGUUGCCAGAACAGUACACACUUACGAUAGCUGUGUCUAUUGCGUAUAGUUAUUUGAUAUAUAAAAUUGAAUAUUUGCACAGAUCAGCAUUUUUAUUUAAAUUUAGAGAUGAUAAUUGGGAAGCACUGAUCCCGAAGCUUAUAACAAAACCCUUUGUUAUUUUGAGGUUCCGCAUAGAGAUUUUGUAGUUUUAAUAAAUAUCCUCGAAUAAAACUUAUGGAUAUUUCAUUAAUGAAGAGAAGACAAAUUAGACAAACCAAUAAUAGUCUUUUACUGUAUCUUUACAAAAUCCACGAAGAGUAUUAGAAUAAGACGGACAUAAAGGAUGUUGA